AUGAAGUUCGAACUCUUCCUCUCCGCUCUCCUCUCUGCCCAAGUCUUGGCCAUUCCUGAGCCCGAUCACACGGUUGUCAAGGACGGUGACUUUACUUACACUGGAAUCGACAAGCCGCCCGCGGCCUCGAAGCGCGUUGCAAUUGCUUCCCAGAAUGCCGUCGACCCGGCUCUAGCUGCAACCCCGGCAAAUGUGAAUGUUCUGGAGACUAUGGCUGCUGGUCAUGCGGUGGUGGUCGUAUGCAGUGCCAGCCAGGACCUGGUUCAGGAGUCUGCUGGACUAAAUAGACAUGGAAAUCCGAUUAGGAAAAUUCGAAACAAGGAUCCCAUCUACAUUUCCAAUCACACUGAGUCGCAGAUUUAA